AUGGCAACUAGUAGUGAAAAUUCACCUGGUCAUGAAUCAGUUGUUAUAGACAAUGAUGAAGGAAUAAAUGGUGAGAGUAAUCGAACGACUACUCAUUUCAAAAGUAAAGUUUUUUUUUCGAAGAAUAAUGAACGUGUUCUUAUUGGUAAUAAAUCUUUAAUUUAAAAACUAAAACGAAUAUUUUAUUAUUAGAAAAAGGUGUUA